AUGGCUUCCAUGACUCAGCCCAUGCCGUAUUACCCCACCACCAACCCCAUCAUGCACGCGCAGCCGGCCACCACGUCCAGGGGCUCCUUCGCGCCGGUGUUCACCGUGCUGGGCGUCAUCUCCUUCCUCGCCGUCGUCGCCUGCGUCGCGGGGCGGCUGUGCGGCCGUCGGCUCUCCAAGAAGAAGGCCUACGCCGACCAGCACUACUACGGCACCAACGCGGUCGGCGGCGACCUGGAGAAGGGCUUCGAGGUUAAGUACCCGCCGAUGAAGCCCAUGCCAAGCUCCCGCGCGGUGGUCCAUGACAUGGACGACGGCUUCGAGAUCAAGUUCGCGCCGGGGAAGCCCGCAGCGUGGAAGACCGACGCCAAGGCCGACAACAGAGGGCGCCAGCAGCAGCAGCACCACCACCACCACCAGGCCGGCAUGCCGAAGGAGUACGCCGGUUUCAGGUACCCCGCGGCUGCCAACGGCGCCGUCAGGCAAGGGCAAGUAAGGGGCGGAACAUUCGUCUCCGCAAAAGUGUCUGCUAGGCAAUUUACUAGGCAUCCAUGA